AUGGAAAACAGUGGUGAAGCAAAAAGAAAUAGUGUCGUAGUUAAAGUUGGAAUGGUUGGAGAUUCUCAAAUAGGAAAAACCAGUUUAAUGGUUAAAUAUGUUGAAGGUUCAUUUGAUGAAGAUUAUAUUCAAACAUUAGUAUGUAAUGAUGCGGUCGCUAUCCUUUUCAUGUUCGAUUUAUCACGAAAAUCUACAUUAAAUAGUGUUAAAGAAUGGUAUCGUCAAGCGAGAGGAUUUAAUAAAACAGCAAUUCCAUUUCUCAUUGGAACAAAAUAUGAUCAAUUUGCUAAUUCUUCAAAGGAAGAACAAGAGGAAAUCACAAAACAGCCAUGA